AUGAUCGGAAAUGGCAAUGGAGGAAGAAGACGUUUGUCAGUGAAAACACCGAAGAGCUCGCAAUAUCUGCUGGGUGAUGGAGGGGGAAAGACCAGCUGGUGUUUCGAGGCCAGCAGUGGGUUCAAGAUCAUCGUCACUUGCUUUGCGGUGUUCACCGUGGCCGUGACCACCGCUUUGAUCAUAGAAAUCGUCUAUGGGGAUCCUGAGGUUGUGCCUCAUGGAGUGGUGUCGACAGACAACCAGCAUUGUUCGGAAAUUGGAGCGGAAAUCCUCAAGAAAGGCGGUUCGGGGGUCGAUGCAGCCAUCGCCGCCUUCUUUUGUCUUUGCGUGUAUCAACCAUACUCUGUUAGCCCAGCUGGGGGAGGAUACAUGCUAAUACACCAACAUGGUGUGAAUGGGAAAACCACUCUCUUCAAUUUCCGAGAAGUAACUCCUUCACGUUUGACAAAAGAGCAGCUGAAAGAGCCUGGUACGAGACGAGGCGAGGGCGGAUUGUGGGUCGGCACCUCCGGCCUCAUGAAGGGACUUCGCCAAGCCCAUGAAAUGUUUGGAAAACUCCAAUGGGCAGAUCUCGUCACUCCUUCAGUUACUCUAGCUCGGUAUGGAGUUCCGCUGGAUCGGAUCCACGCCAGAGAAGUCCUGGCUCGGAAGGAUGUGCCUUCGUCGCAGCUGUUUGCCGAUUUUCAGAAGAGUUAUGACUUGGGGAAGCAUUUCAUCAAUGAGAAUCUGGCAGAGACAUUGAACCAACUUGUCAUUGUUGGUCCUCAAGUGUUCUGGAAUGGAUCUGUUGGAGAAGACAUCAUCCAGAGUGUGAAACGUGCUGGUGGGGUGAUGGAACUCCAAGAUUUAGCCGAUUACAAAGUGGAAGAGAUGGCUCCAUUGGAAGAAAGCUUUUGGGGUCACAAGAUUGUCACAAGUGGAGGAGAAUCUGCAGGAGCAGGCAUGCUCUCAGCAUUGGGAUCUUUUGUAGCUGAAGAAUUUCCUUCUCUCUCAUGGUCUCAACUCAUCCAAAGUCUUAAUGUUGCACUUCUUGAGGUUUCCCUCUCAGGUGACUCUGAAAACAAGACUAACCCCCAAUCAAAAAAAGGAGAUACCUUGAUCCAGGAAUUGUUUGACUUAUCCGAACCCACAGGUUCAGCUAUUUCUGUUAUGGCAGUCAAGGAGCAGUAUGUUUCCUUUGUGAGUGGGUUGAAUUCCCUCUUUGGAGCACAGGUGGCAUCAGAGAAGGGAGGAUUCUUCUUGAAUAGUGCCAUGAGCAAUUUCUUCCUCUUUGACGACAGUGAUGCUCCCAACAACUUUGGACCCACAAAGCAUCCGCUCUCCUUCCUAGCACCAGUCUUGGCAUAUUCUCCAAAUCGUCCCUGUUACAAGAGGCUGGUCCUCGGCUCUUCAGAUUUCCAGGCCUCCGUCCAGGUUCUUCUACACAGUCUGUACUUGAAUGAGAGCAUUUCUGACAGUGUAGAAGAACCUCGAAUUUACAUUGGAUCUGAUGGAAAUAUCUACGGAGAAGAAGGCUUCGAGUAUAAAGACUUGAUCGACUUGAGGAAAAAACCAACACCUUAUCCCAGCGUGAACCUGCUGUUCAAGUACGAGGACACGGCGAAGGGCCAUUCCGACACGCGAGGGGGCGGGUCGGCCUAUAGGUUUUGACAUCGCCCCUUUUGUCAACUAUGAGAGGGAUCUUCCUUUCCUUGUUGGGUGCUUUAUGAAGUGUUUUUUUGGGAAGUGCAGUUGAUGAGAAAUAUUUACUUUCAGGUAGGAGCCAAUCAAAUACUGCAUUUUGGUAACUGUGCCCUCGCAGGUUUUAAGCUCGAUGCUCCAUGAUUGCAUUCCCUGAAAUGACAUGAAAAUGGGUGAUAAUCACCUUGUCUUUCAUAUUUGCCUUCUUGUUUCUUGAUUGCUCAUUUUGUGCCAAUCCAGGCUUCUACGAAUUUUAUAUAGUACCCUUUGCAAUGUCCACUCCACUUGUAUCCAUCCAGAAAUGGCAGCUCUUUGUAUGCAUUCAGCAUUGUUUAGUCUUUUGGAUGUGAACUAUUCCUGGUUUAUGUUUUGCACAGUAUUUAUGACGGUAUGAGAUAUUUGUUGAGUGAUACCCUUUCUCUCGUUGUUCACGAUCAAACUUUGACAUUCCAC